AUGCCAUUGCAGUAUCCACUGCUUUUCCCUUUCGGUGAGCAGGGUUGGUCCCCUAGACUUCGUCUACGCCUUCCAGCCGCUUCACGAGAUAAAAACCUUACGGUAAACAUGUACUAUAGCUAUCAGAUUCAUGAUCGUGCUGGUGUGUACUCUCUUCUCUUAAUGGGUGGUAGGCUCUUCCAGCAGUACUUAGUUGAUGCAUACACAUGCGGUCCAAGGUAUAUGUAUAAACAUUAUCAAGAUGCACUUGCAAUUUGUAGAGUCCAUGGUAAUCCGCAGUACUUUAUAACAUUUACGUGUAAUGUUAAGUGGCCGGAGAUUGCUAGGCAUCUCAAUAAGGUUAACUAUUUGCAUGCUGAAGAUCGGCCAGAUAUCAUAUCCUGCGUUUUUCAGAUGAAGGUUAUUGAAUUCGUCAAAUUUAUGAAAGAAGAUAAAACGUUUGGUGAUGUAGCAGCAUAUUUGUAUACUAUUGAGUUUCAAAAAAGAGGAUUGCCACAUUGUCAUACUCUUCUUUGGGUUACAGAUCCGUAUAAAAUACAAGACGCUUCUGACAUUGACUCAUAUGUGACAGCUCAAUUUCCUGAUCCUUGUACAGAAUUCUCUCUGUAUAAAACAACUACGGAGUGCAUGAUCCAUGGCCCUUGUGGACUAUUAAAUCCUAAUAGUCCUUGUAUGCACGAAGGUCAAUGUUCAAAGCGGUUUCCAAAGCCUUUUCAGUCCGAAACCCGAUUUGAUAAGGCUGGGUAUGCUCAUUAUAAAAGGCUUCAAGGCCAACAUCACACAUUGAGAAAUGGCAUCCAAAUUGAUAACAGUUACGUUGUUCCUUACAACAAACGAUUGUGUAGCCGUUUUAAUGCGCAUAUAAACGUAGAGUACUGUGGCUGGAACAUGAUGAUCAAAUACCUUUUUAAGUACAUCUCAAAAGGAGCAGACCGUGUUAGAUUUGCAAUCUACAGAGCUCACCAAAACUCUGCUUCAACAUCAACCCAUGAGCCUCCUGUAGUCAAUGAGGUAAUUAAUUUUUUGGAUGGAAGAUUUAUUUGCCCGCAUGAGGCAUCAUGGAGAAUUUUGAAUUUCCCUAUUCACGAAAGACAACCGGCUGUUCAAAUCCUUGCAGUUCAUUUGGAAAAUAUGCAGAAUGUGACGUUUAGAGAUAAUCACAAUCUUCAGUCUAUUAUCAACAAUCCAUCGUUUGGAAAAACGACUUUAACCGAGUGGUUGUCUAGCAAUAAUGCGGAUUCAAAUGGACGGGAUCUUACUUAUACCAACUAUCCUUCUAGAUAUCGUUGGGAUGUUUCCGCAAAAUGUUGGAUUCACAGAGCUCAAAUGAGAACAGGCGCAAUUGGCCGUCUUGUGUAUGUUUAUCCAACUUCUGGUGAACUCUUUUAUUUACGCACGUUGCUUUCUCAUCAAAAAGGUUGUAAGUCAUUCGAUGACAUUCGUACGUUCUCAAACAUCACUUAUACAACCUUUCGUGCGGCAUGUGAUGCGCUGGGUUUAACGGGUGAUGAUAGAGAGUGGCAAACAGCUUUUGCCGAAGCUUCUACCUGGGCCACAUCUUCCGAAUUGAGAUCCCUAUUCUGCCAUAUGCUUCUUUUUUGUGAAGUAAGCCAACCUUUAACUUUAUGGGAAUCUGAGUGGAGAAAGAUGGCUGAUGAUAUGCUUCUAGCUCUUAAUUCUGCUUCGUCGAAUCCUGAUUUCCAUGUAAAUGAUGAUGAUUUACAACAACAUUUGCUUCUGGAAAUAGAAAGACUGUUAAACUCUGCUACUCCAUCUAAAUCACUUAAAGAUUUUGGUCUUCCAUUACCUCCUACAACAAUUCUUGCAACUUUAAGGAACCGACUUCUAAUGGAAGAGACAAGCUACAAUAGAGCUGCACUAGCCUCACAACAUUGUGAAAUGCAUUCAUUACUCAAUGCGAACCAACUUCAGGUCUACAAUGUCGUCAAGGAUUCAACAACUACUGAAUCACAGGUGUUAAUAUUUGUUUAUGGGCAUUGUGGAACUGGGAAAACCUUCUUGUGGACUACAAUAAUAUCUUUGUUUAGAUCCAUUGGAAAAAUCGUGUUAGCGGUUGCAGCUUCCGGGAUUGCGUCUCUCUUAUUACCCUCGGGCAGGACAGCACACUCAAGGUUUCACAUACCUACAAAUUUAACGGACAAGUCUAACUGCAACAUUAAAAAAAUACUCAACUUGCUGAGCUCUUGA